GUCGGCAGCCAUGGCGCCAGUUGUGCUCCGCUAUGGCUUCAGUAAAAUAACAUGGCCUGAGGACCACUUCCGCAGAAAGGCACUAGAAAACGGGGCGAAGCUGUGCAAGGCGAGAUACGCGUACGAUGUGGAGGAGGCGGUGCCGUGCCGUGACAGCGACACUCAAGUUACCGCGAAAUGCCACUCGCAAGUGCACCAAACCAGCUACAAUGUCACACUUCAGCUGUCGUCUCAGCGCGUGAUAAGUGGAGCCACCUGUUCGUGCAAGGCCGGCAGCGACGGCGCCUGCAAGCAUGUCGCAGCGGUAGCGCUCGAGCUAAACAACUUAGCCGAUGCGACGUCGUCCACUGACGUGCCUCAAGUGUGGGGCCGUCCAGCGUCCAAGCCGAACACCUCAAAAAAAGAAUCGGUAGAGGAGCUCUUCGGAGAAUAUAAACCACUUUAUAUUGGUGGCAAGCCACCUGAUGAGCAGCCACCUUCGUUCAUUUUGGAGCACUUCCCAGACCUCGACUGCAUAAUGCAAUCCACACUGAAGUGGCAGAAGGAGGAAGAAGCAAUGUCGGAAGUUCGCGACUGUCUUGAAGACCUCAUUUCAAAGGCAGCACUGAAUGCAGACCUGUGUUUGGUGAAGGAGGUUUUGAACUGGAGAUACAGUCUGCCUCUGUACACCCUUGAGGAAACGGUCACUAUGAGUGCCAAUGAGCUCAACUUCUUCUCCACUAAGGUGGAAUGCACGGAAUCCCAGGCAGAAUUAAUUGCCGCGCAGACAAUACCGCAGGCGAAAUGCACUCGGUGGCACCAAGAGAGGGCUUGCAGAAUAUCGAGCACCGUCGCCCACCGCAUCAUCUGUAGGAAGCGCUCCUUUGAAUCGCUGGCAGAACAGCUAAAGAAAACUAAAAGUUUCUACUCUCCAGCCACAGAGUAUGGUAUCACAAUGGAACCAAUGGCUCGGAAGGUCUUCGAAAAAAAAGUCGGCACCAGAGUCACGCAGGUCGGCCUCGUCAUCCAUCCUCAACAGCCUUGGCUGUGUGCUAGCCCAGAUGGUCUGUUCCACACCAGCAAGGGGAUCACUUUGCUCGAAAUUAAGUGCCCCUACUCCAGGAAAGACGACGUGAUCAUUGACCCCGACCUGUGCGAGAGCUUCAUUAGCUAUGUUGUGUAUGAGGACGGCUGUCUUAAGCUAACUCGCAGCCACCCAUACUACUGUCAGGUGCAAGUGGCAAUGUAUGUUACAAAUACCACAGAGUGUUUCUUUUUUGUGUACAGCAGCAAGCAGGACCUCAUAAUUGUAAUUGAAAGGGAUGAAGCCUUCCUUGCCAAAAGCAUUCCACGGCUUCAGUGGUUUACCACAAUUACUACAUGA